CUCCAGAGAGGUGAAAGGUCGUCUCCUCGUCCCCGAUAAGUCUUGGCAGGAGCGGGCUUGGUGAUCAGAGUGCAAUCAGACAAGGAGGCUCGGUCUAAAGUUCAGCUUUGGCUCUGACGAGGACAUUUGUUCCAGGUCAGUGAGGACGACGCUGUAGGAAGAUGGACAUCCUUGAGACGGACGCUUACUACAGGCGUCAGAGGAGGAACAUGUCCUGUGCUGUGCUCCUCUCCUUCUCCCCGUUCCUGUUGGCCUCUGCCGCCUUCUUCUACCUGUCCACCCCCCGCUCGCCGCCGCCCUCCGUCCUGCUGGCGUGUGUCAAGUCAGCGCCGGCGCUCCUGCUGGCCGCCGCCGUGCUGAGUUGGAACGGCGGUGCAAGUGUGGCGGCAGGACUGGUCUUGUCGGCCGGGGGAGACUUUUGCCUGGUGUGGCCCCAGUUCUUCCUCCACGGAAUGGCCGCCUUCGCCGUGGCUCAUCUGCUCUACUCGCUGACCUUCCUCUCAUCCCGUUAUGAGAAACACUCCUCUUCCUCAUGCAUGUUCCUGAUCUAUCUGGUCCUGCUGGCCACCGGAGCAGGUUUUUUCAUAUACCUCUACCCAUUUCUGCAAAAGCAACCAAAUUCAGAGGUCCAAGUGCCAGCCGUGGGCGUCUACGUCGCCCUAAUCACCAUGAUGGGCAUAUUAGCCGUCAGAACGCGCCGUCCUAUCACGCUGUUGGGGAGUCUGUCCUUCAUAGUGUCGGACAUUUCUUUGGCUCUGCUACAGUUCAAGGUCGUACCGCCUGUGGAGCACGGCCAGACGGUUGUCAUGGUGACAUAUUACUUAGCGCAGCUACUCAUUAGCGUGGGGGACGUGAUGGCCCUAGAAAAAGAGAAUGACUUUGCAAAAUGGAAGAAGUCCUAAGCAGGAACUUUGCGAGGUCCGUAACGUGUCGAGACUAACAUACUACUGAAUGACAGCUUGAAAAUGUUUUAUUUGUUUGUAUUUUUUGGAGAAAAAAAUGACUGAUCAGCUAUUUUGGAAUGGUUGUGUUCUGUCAGUGACUUAUUGUAACAUCCAGACAGUAUUUGUGUGAGAUGUCGUAAGAACUGAUCAUGUGUGUAACACGACUCCUGCUUUCUUGAUAAUAAAUAAAAUAACAUUUACCAUA